AUGAAACAAGUAUGGCUUAGCUUUGUCACUGUAGCAAAAAGAAGACCGCAAGUUCCUGAAAAGACUUUCACCGAUUUUGGCAUUCAAGUAGAUUUGUUUGAAAAAGCUUGUGUCGAUUUUGAAUCCCAAGUAUUCUUUUCAGAUCCAAUGUGUGAAAUUUUUCAAAGAAGAAUUGAUGAGUUAGAAAAAAAUAAUAAGCAAUUAUUAAGCAUUUGGUGUCCAAUUUCCAUAACAUGUGAUGAGGCAGAACUUCAAAAAAGCGAAGGCUCUUUAAAAAAAUUAGAAAUUUUAUCUAUUAUUACCUCUUUAAUUCCUUCUUUAGGUGAUUUAGAUCGAUUGUACUUUCGUGGUUUAUCAAAUAAGUCCUGUGAAGAAUUAGUAAAUACUUUUCAAGAAGUCAAAAAUAUAUUAGCUGAAAAUAACAUUAGUGUUAGCGAAGAAUAA